CGCCCUCCAUCGACACAUACUAUAUACCGACAGAGAAAAAGAUGAGGGAGGGGGGUGGAGGAAGAGAGCGAGAAAGAGAGCGAGAGACAAAAAUGACCGUCUGACUAACAGCCCAUUCUUCACACUGUGCGAGGACGCCGGUACAAUGUAUAAGGACUGAUAAAUGGAUAAUUGAAUCCGCAGAAUGCCAGUGUGACCGAGAGGAGAACGGGUUUUGCUGCACUUGUGGCGGAACGAAGAGGAGGAAUUUUAUAGUUGGUUAAACAGGAUUGAAAACUUCCAAACUGGAAUUUGGUAGUGUUCCGAAACUGCCGGCCACACUAUGGCUCUGUCAAUCCAGAGUUGGGUCGCCAACGAAGGAGGAAAGCACUUGGUUUUGAUUAUGUGGCUUGGCGUUAACACUUGGCUGUUCUUGAGGACGUUCAUGACGUACUGCAGCGGACAACAAUACUUCUACCUCCAUAAGAUGCUCGGGCUAGGGUUGUGUGUCAGCCGUGCAUCUGCAUCAGUGCUCAACCUGAACUGCAGUCUGGUCCUGCUGCCCAUGUGUCGGUCUCUGCUCACCUACCUCAGAGGAACCCAUGCGGUGAACAGGAAGACACGCAGACUGCUGGACAAGAGUAAAACCUUCCAUGUGGCUUGUGGGGUGGCCAUCUGUGUCUUCUCUGUGGUGCACGUAUCUGCUCACCUGGCCAACCUGGUCAACUUCAGCGUCAAGUACUCAGAGGAGUUCCCUGCUCUCAAUGUCGCGCGCUACAGGGGGGAGGACCCCAGAAUCAUCAUCCUGACCACAGUUCCUGGGGUUACUGGCGUCCUAUUGGUCCUCGUCCUCUUCUUGAUGUUUACAGCCUCCUCAUACUGCAUACGAGUGUGUAACUAUGAGAUCUUCUGGUACACCCACAACCUCUUCAUAGUGUUUUAUCUCAUUCUGCUGGUACAUGUGAUUGGGGGAGCUCUGAAGUUCCAGACCAACGUGGAAGCCCACCCCCCUGGCUGCUUCAGAGCCAAUCAGACGUCCUCAGAGCAUCAGGGGGAGGAGCUGGAACGAGGGGAGGGGCAUGAGAGGAGCUGUGGAGAGGAGGCUCACUUUCAACCCCACCACCCCCAGACUUGGCUGUGGAUAUCAGGGCCCCUGUGUCUGUACUGCGCAGAGAGACUCUACCGUUACAUCCGUAGCAGCGAUCCCGUCACCAUAGUUACCGUUCUCCGACACCCUUGUGAUGUCAUAGAGGUGCGCAUGUUGAAGAGGGAAUUCAACGCCCGCCCAGGGCAGUACGUUGUACUGAACUGUCCGACAGUGUCGUCGUUUGAGAACCAUCCCUUCACGCUGACAGCGUGUCCCACAGAGAAGAGUGGGGUGUUUGGCGUCCACUUACGCGUGGUGGGAGACUGGACCGAGCGCUUCACAGAGCUGUUGCUUCCUGGGCCAGGGGUGGCAUCAGAGAUCCUUCCCAUGGUGCAACAGAGGACGUACCCAAAGCUGUACGUGGAUGGUCCAUUUGGUAGUCCGUCAGAGGAUGUGUUUAACUACGAGGUCAGUCUGUGUGUAGCGGGCGGGAUCGGAGUCACGCCAUUCGCCUGCGUGCUACACACUCUGCUAGAUGGCUGGAGGACGUUCAGACUGAGGAGGCUGUAUUUUGUAUGGGUGUGCAGGGAGCUCCAGUCCUUCUACUGGUUUGCUGAGCUGCUGUGCACCCUGCACCACAAGCUGUGGCAGGAAAACAGACCAGACUACCUCAACCUGCACCUCUUCCUCAGCCAGACCGACAGACUGCAGAGCAUGUCUGAGGAGAAGUACCGCCUUCUCAGCUCCCGAAUCCUGAUUGGCCGACCUAAGUGGAAGCUGCUGUUUGAUGAGAUUGGGAGGGCCAAUAAGCAUAAGCGAGUCGGGGUUUUCUGCUGUGGACCUAAAGGUCUCUCCAAGAUGCUCCACAGACUGUGUAACUCUGACCAGUACUCCGGAACCACGUUCGAGUUCAACAAGGAGUCCUUCAUCUGAGCUCCAACUCGACCCAGACCCACCAGAGCCCAGAGCGUCAACCCAGCCCUGCCCCCUGCCCCCAUCCCAGAGCACUGACCCAGCCCUGCCCCCAGCCCUGCCCCCAUCCCAGAGCACUGACCCAGCCCUGCCCCCUGCCCCCAUCCCAGAGCACUGACCCAGCCCUGCCCUCAGCCCCCAUCCCAGAGCACUGACCCAGCCCUGCCCCCU